AUGGUAUACAAUGAGCUUGUACGAACUCGACCGGAUGUUGUCUGCCUCUUAGCUAAACCAGACUGGCCAGCCGAUGUGCAGAAAUUGACGUACAGAUGGGACCCUAAUUUUCUGAGCGAGCGGAGUGCAUCUCUUUUUCCUGAAGGCAAAACAAUCCUGAACUUCUCGGCUGCGCUGAUCAAGGCACAUACACGGUCACUCUUGGACGAAAACCAGCCUCUCCUCUCAACAGCUCAACUCGACGCCCUCGAGACCGUCGUUGCAACCCCCAAUAAACACCAUCUCAAAGUCAGCAUGCAACCAGGAGACCUUCAAUUCGUCAAUAACUGUGCGAUCCUGCAUGCCCGAGAACCGUUUCAGGACGACAAUGUCAACAAGAACACCUGGUUCGCAUACGGCUCUCUUGUGAGAACAGGAUAUGGAGACUUCCUCAUGACUUGGGCAACGUCCGAUCAAUCAUCUUCGAUGGAGACGAAGACGAGGGGAAUCGGGAGAUUGAACCUAUGGCUGGGAAGAAACCGCCGCUUCCCUAUUGCUCAUCGCACUGAACUUUUCCGUCAUUCGCCAGGGGCUCUUUCCUGA